GAACGAGGUGGGCUGGAGUGGGUGGAGCGAACGAGGUAAGGCGCGCGCGGGCGGAAGAGGCAUGCGCGCGCGCCCAGAGUCAGCGAGCCAUGAGCCACCUUUCGCUGCGGUCCCUUCGCGAGGUGAUGAAGGCGCUCGUCGAGUCGUCCGGCUUUGAUCGGGUGUUAAAUAAGAUGACCGUUCUUUCUGCCAGCCCUGGAAAAGUUAUCUGUGAACUGAAAGUCGAAGAGGAGCACACAAACAGGGGAGGCACUCUGCAUGGAGGCCUGACGGCUACUCUGGUUGAUGUCGUCUCAACAGCUGCUUUACUGUACACCGAAAGAGGAGCCCCAGGAGUCAGUGUUGAUAUGAAUAUUAGCUACGUGUCGGCAGCUAAGAUUGGAGAAGAAAUCCUGAUCACUGCUGAGAUUCUGAAGCAAGGCAGAAGUCUGGCCUUUGCAAGCGUGGACGUAACAAAUAAGGCAACCGGAAAAUUGAUAGCGCAGGGGAGGCACACCAAACACCUGGGACACUGAUCAGAGGAAAUAAACAAUGCACUUUUUUAAAAAAAAAAAUCCAGCUUAAAAGAAAACCAGGAUGGAGUAAGUUCACAAAUAGUAAUGGGGCUGAGAUAUAAUUUUCAGAAUCUUGUUCUGUGUUCACCCAAAUUAAGGUGAUGGCCCAAGUUCAGAUCAAGUACUCCGCAUGUAUUCCUGAGUUUCUUUUCACAUAAAGAAUAUAAAUUUAUCUUCACAAGAAAUGUGUACGAUGUAGUCAAACUUAGUUUAGCCUCCCGGCCCUCAAGAAGAGACAAAGAUGUUAAUUCCUUGGACUUGGCAAAAUUCCCUUGGAGUACUAUACUGUGUGAUGCUGAUUUGGGCCUGAUCCACUGUUCCCAUCAGCAGAACUCAACUCAUGCUAUACCUCUCCGGGAGGAAGGAUCAGGGGAGCAGUGUUUGUCAAAUCCUCUUUCUCUUGACAUCCUCUUGUACUUCAUGAAAGUUGGGGCAGGGGGGAAGCUUCAGAAUGGCAUUGGAAAUGCUACUUUUGCCACCCCAUUGUAAAUUUUCUGUGGUGAGAGCCUUCAACUGGAUCACUGUUCUUUUCCACAAAUGAAAAGACUCUUGUUAUUUGUGGAAGGAUAAUUGUAAAUCAUUCUGGACUGAGACAUUUGUAUGUGUUCCAGAUAACUUCCAUAUUUUCAGCAAAAGUACUUAGAGCCAUAGCAAUGGCUUUCUGUAUAGGUCUGUCAGUAAUUUGAAUUCAGUUUAAUGCAUGCCAGGCUAAUUAAAUACCAAAUAAUGCUUUCA